CAAAGUCGUAGCUCUUCCAAUACGCGCCAUAGCGAGAUGGUGUGUCGUUCUAUAACCCGAUUGUUAUUGGAGACACCAGAAUUGUUGGUGCCUGCCCGCCAGACACGCACCCCCGGUGCAUUGAGUAGAUUUUGGGCAACAUCAACCUCCAGUCGGGUCUCUAGCUCUCUAUCUGUCAAUGGGAGAGAGAGCAAAUCAUGGUACAGUGGAGGGUAGAGAUGCUUGUGCU